ACAUGGCGGGCAAAAAUAGUACCGUUCAAACUUGUUUAAAGGCAAAAUCGCCGAAAUGAUAAGGGAUGGACCAAAGAAAUACAAGUGAUGCAAAAUUGCCUUUUCAAAGGAAAAAUGUAACUCAUGACAUACAGAAAGGUAACUCACCGUCAAAGGCAGAAAUUUUACAGAAUCUGAAUGAACACUUGUCUGUUCACGCGGAACGGAUGAGGCUACUUAGUCGUGCAGAGGAAGGACUGGUCAGUGAAAGCUUUAGUCCACAUUCAGGACUUCAUCGCAGCCCUGACACAGACCAAAAAGAAAGCAGGUCUCCAAAAUACAAUGGGGUGCAAGAAAAUACAACAUCCAAAAUUCCAGUGCCUACUGCAAGACAGAAACGUAGAGAGAAAGAAAAAGGGAAAGAGAAAGAAAACAUAGUCAUCAGCAUGAGGUUAAAUAGUGAGCUCAUGAAAACAACUACACUGGAGAUUCAUUCUAUGGAGGAGAAGACUCAGAGAGUGGUAAAACAGCAAAGCAGGAAAGGUAUACCUAAAGGGAAGAAGAGUAGUGUGCUGAUCAAAAACUAUAGAGCUGACUAUACAUGGAACAGAGGUGGGCGUCUGAAAGAGCUUAGAAUCAGGCAUUUAGCAAGGAAAUUUUCAUUGCUUUGGAAACAAAGAGUAUUUGGAAGAGUAAUGCCAUCUGAUGCAAGGCGUCACUACGAAUUACAGCUCAUGAGGCGUGUGUAUCAGGAGUGGCAUGAGAUGUGGUGGGAGCUGAGGAAGGAGUGGAGGCUGAUGGUCAGGGCCGAAUGUCACCACAGGUACGUGGUAUGGAGUAAGGUUUUUGGUGCCUGGCGGCUGUUUGUCUUAUAUCAGAAGGCUUCUGCAGAAAAGAUGGAACUAGCUGCUGCAAUAGAUAACAAAGCUAUCCUAACCAGGGCAUACAGAAACUGGAAAGAGUUCGUAAAUCUCCAGAGAGAGAAAAAGAAAAUCACUUCAAAAGCAGACAGACAUCAUGAGCAGGUGUUAACCAGGCUGGUCUGGAUGAAGUGGAAAGAAGAACACAGGAUCAGGCAGGAACAGCGGGAUAUGGAAGUUGUGGCUUUACAGUUCUGGGCCUACAGAAUCCAGGCACAGCAUUGGUUAGUUUGGACAGAGAAACUGAAGGAGAAACGCCAGGUGUACCACAGACACGCUCUCUCGCUCAGACACUACAGGCUGACCAUCAAGAGAAAGUGUUUCUUCGCCUGGGCCCAGUACUGGCUGCAGAAACGAGAUCAAAAAAGACAACAAGAGUAUGCAGAUAAAUUUUAUGCCCAGAGUAUUUUGCACCGUGCAUUUAAUUUGUGGCUUCAGCGAUACGAGCUCCACCAGUCCAUCAAACAUCACCAGGAGCACAUCGAUGUGCUUUCUAGGAGGUUUCAGAUGAGACAGUAUUUCCAGAUGUGGAAACAGUACAUGGUGACACAGGAAGAGAAGAAAGAAAAGAUUUGUCUGGCAGACAGCCAUCACAGGAGGAAGCUCUUGAUGCUGGUAUUCAGUGCCUUUCGACUGAACUUGGUGCAGUCAAGAGUUAAAGUGAUGAGAAAUGAAAUGGCCACUGAGCAUUACUACAAAUCACUUCUUCGGCUCCACUGGAAUGUCUGGCUGCGGAAAUGUGAAGACAGAGAAGAAAUGCAGAUAAUUCACCUCACAGAAAAAGCCCGUAGUCACUACCAGAGUGUGUUGAAAAGAAAGUGCUGGGGUGCUCUUGUUGUGUACACAAGUCUCAGGGAACACAGAAAAACACAGCAAGUUCAAGCUGAUGCAUUUUUCUUUGUCCAUUCUAUGCCAAGGCUUAUUUUUCGCUGGAGGAUUUAUGUAGAAAUGGAGAAAAUGAAAAGAGAAAAUCAGGAAAAAUGCACACUGUUCAGAAAGGAGAACCUGAUGGCGCGGUUUUUCUAUCAAUGGUAUAACUGUUAUGAAGAACAUAAAGAUUUCCGGAUGAACUGGAGAAUGGCUGUUCUUCACCAUGAAGACUGUGCAAGGCGACAGUUUCUGGCCAAGUGGAGAGAGAGGUUACACAUCUGUGAGCAAGAGAAAGAGAAACAAAGUGAGGCUGAGCAGCAUUAUCACGCUGUUCUGAGGAGGAAGCACCUGCUGGCAUGGGUUCAAUACGUCAGGGACCUCCGUAAAAUGGAAUCUCUAGAGAGUAAGGCAAUAACUCACCACUACAAGACCUCUCUGAAGAAAGCAUUGCAAACUUGGAUAGAGUACACAAAAAAUUCUCAAAAAGAGAAGAGACAGUGGAAACAAGCAAGCAAGUUUCAUCAGAUGAACCUGUGUAGAAAAGUAAUGACUGCAUGGAAAGGACUUACAUGGCAAGGGAGGCAAUUCAAGCAGGUAGCGGAGGAGAAAUAUUCUCAGAGGGCAAUGGCUUGUAAACGCUGGGCUUUGCUCACAUGGAGAAACAAUGUAUUGGAGAAUCUGCAGGACAGACAAGAAGACCAGGCAGCCAUUGUCCACUACAAUAGACAGCUUCUACACAAGGUGAUGAUGACCUGGCAUCGCUAUGCUGCCAUUCAUGCUUACAAGAAAUCUGAGACCAGACAAUGGGUGGAGUCCACUAAACAAGCCCUGGACACAUACAAGCUACAGAGGUAUUUUUGGCAGUGGAUGAAAGCAAGAGAGGAGAGAAUUCUACAGAAAUUCAAACUGGAGCAAGCUAUCUAUCAUCACAACACACAGCUCCAGCACAAAGUCAUCUCUAAGUGGAAAGAGUUCACAGCCAACUCGCUCAAGAAGAAUCUCCUCAUGAAGCAGUCUGUAUGGUUUAACAACAUAAGACUGAUGGCCAAUUACCUGUCAGUGUGGAAGUGGCGAUACCAGUUAAAACAAGAGGAGAAUGGGAAGACGGACAUUGCCCUGUGGCACUGGAGCCUGGUUCUCCAGAAGAAGAUUCUUGUGGCCUGGUUUGGAUACAUGACAGAGAGAAAGAGGAAGAAAGAGAGAAUCACACAUGCCUUGGAAAGACGGCGUACCCGACAAAUACGACAAGGUGUCACCCAGUGGAUUGCCGUGGCAACAGACCUUUCAGGCAUGAGGGCCAAGAUAGCGGCCCAACAGCAUGCCCAGGAUGCCUUUGUGAAGCAUCAGCUGGUACAGCGUUGUGCAUUACAUUGGCGGUACAUCACAACCAAGAGGAGGACUCAGAAGGGGGACAACCCAUGCAGGACAGUGAUUGAUCAAGAUCAGUUUCAGGCGAAAGAUUUUGAUUAUGUGCCAAAAUUAAAACCUCAGGCAGUUGAGAAGUUGAGGCAAGGGAACACCAGUAAAACAGUACCUAGUCAUCCCCUUGUGUCCACGUCUCCCAAGAGGUUAUCGGAGAAAGAUGCAGAUUUUUCGUCUAUCAGGCUGCCUGGAAGACGAAAACCUCGCCACCCCUCAUUCCUGGAGGAAUCGCUCAAGAAAGCCGGUCUGUUCUCAGAAUCCAGGUGCUUUGCUAAUGAUAGCCAUCAAGCUCUACCAAGUGAAGUGUCUGAAGAUAGACUUGUGAACCAAACUUCAGCCAUGUCUUUCCCUGAUCCUGUCCAGUCUUCCCGUAAUUCACCUGUGUCAAUCACAGGGCAGCAUCAGGAUCCUGUGGAUUCACAUGACAUGUCUCAGGGUAUCGACACACACAUUCCUCACCUAGACUUACACACAGUGACCAAACAACUCACAAACCUACAGGAAAACAGUGAAGAACUGGAUUUUCACUUGCCUCCACAACAACAUGUACACUUUGACCAUUUCCAAUCCAUACAGAGAGGAUUUGGAGAACAGAUCCAGCUAUUGACUCCGGAUCACUUUCUCCUACAUCCGGAUCAUGAGACUCCAGCAUCUCAGUGUGAUUUUUCCCCUUUGAGUACCCCACGGACUGUAGAUUCUACAUCACUGGCUGUCAGGUCAAUGAUAAAAACUAUAGACAGUACUUCUGGCAUCACAGGGGCUCCUCACGGGAUAAAUGAAAUUCAUUCCUUGCCCUUAAGCGAACAAAUAAUCAGGAUCAGAAAUCAGCUGAAAAGUUUUGAACAACAAAAAAAGAAACUAAGAAAGUUGCAGAAGCAACACAAACAACUGGCUACAUGGAUUGUUGAUGAAGAAGGAACCGUGUCAGAAUUGGAAAUUCAAGAGGUGAAAGCCGAAGUUGAGGAGAUGGAGAAGGAAAUUAGCGUCUUGCAAAAGGAGAUAGAGCAUAAAAAACCCGAGUGUGGUCGGUUGGUUGUAGAAGUCAACAGUCUCAUCAAAUUAAUGUCAGAGCAGAAUCGGGGAUAAAUGUUGCGAAAUGGUAGUGCUGCAUUAGAAGUUAUUAUAUGAUACUGGUACUUAUUUUCCUUCCACUUUCAUCCAAUAAAAUGUACAUGUAUCCAAGCAAAACAUUUUGUGCAGAAGAUUAUGAUUACUGUGCAUCAAGUCAUUAAUUUAUUAUUUAUUUCAUUUGCAUGUGUUCAUGUUGAUUACCUUAGGCCUGUUCUGCAGAGCAAUUGAUUGCAAAAAUUCCUUUAUAAUACCUGUAGCACAAAUCUUUGCACCUGCUCUGCUGAACAAGCCAAUUGUAUGUAGUUUGUUAUGUAUAUUGGACUAUGUAUUCACAUUACCCAUGAUGCCACGGUGGCAUCAUCAUGGUUGUAGAUUUCAGACAGUGCCAAAAUAAAAAAUUAUCAAAUAAGUGGAAUUCUCUAUUUAUGUGUUAAAAGGAUGUAUUUAUUAUGUAAAUAAUAAAAGGAUGUUUCUUUCUUCUCAGCAUUUCAAUUUGCUGUCUAAAAAUGAAGUACUGGUACACAGAAGUUUGUCUGAAUGUUUUUUUUUAUAUAUAUUUUCACGUUUUCUACUGUGUUUUUCCAAUAAAUUCUGUGAUCUUUAA